CCGUGGUGUUCUUUCCCAGCUGUGCCUGUGGGUCCCCUGUCCUUGCUCUGAGCUUGCUGCUUGCCCUUUGCCUGUCUCCAGACACAACUCUGACACCCACCUAAGGUUAGGCCUGACCUUGAGUGGGCCUCCUGGGAGUCUCUUUUCGCCCAAGAUCUCCAUCCAGACCUGUCCGUCAUGUCGGCUGCGCCGGGCCUCCUGCACCAGGAGCUGUCCUGCCCGCUCUGCCUGCAGCUGUUCGACGCGCCCGUGACGGCCGAGUGCGGCCACAGCUUCUGCCGCGCCUGCCUGAGCCGCGUGGCUGGGGAGCCGGCGGCGGACGGCACGGUGCCGUGCCCGAGCUGCCAGGCACUCACGCGGCCGCAGGCGCUCAGCACCAACCUGCAGCUCGCGCGUCUGGUGGAGGGGCUGGCGCAGGUGCCGCAGGGCCACUGCGAGGAGCACCUCGACCCGCUCAGCAUCUACUGCGAGCAGGACCGAGCGCUCGUGUGCGGCGUCUGCGCCUCGCUCGGUUCGCACCGCGGCCACCGCCUGCUGCCCGCCGCCGAAGCCCAUGCGCGCCUCAAGACACAACUGCCGCAGCAGAAGCUGCAGCUGCAGGAGGCGUGCAUGCGCAAGGAGAAGAGUGUGGCUGUGCUGGAACAUCAGCUGAUGGAGGUGGAGGAGACGGUGCGUCAGUUCCGGGGGGCUGUCGGGGAGCAGCUGGGCAAGAUGCGGGUGUUCCUGGCGGCACUGGAGGGCUCCUUGGACCGUGAGGCGGAGCGAGUGCGGGGUGAGGCCGGGGUUGCCUUGCGGCGGGAGCUGGGAAGCCUGAACUCUUACCUGGAGCAGCUACGGCAGAUGGAGAAGGUCCUGGAGGACGUGGCCGACAAGCCCCAGACUGAGUUCCUAAUGAAAUACUGCCUGGUGACCAGCAGGCUACAGAAGAUCCUGGCAGAAUCACCGCCGCCUGCCCGUCUGGAUAUCCAGCUGCCUGUCAUCUCAGAUGACUUCAAAUUCCAGGUGUGGAGGAAGAUGUUCCGGGCUCUGAUGCCAGUUAUGAAGGACCUGACCUUUGACUCGAGCACGGCCCAUCCGAGCCUGGUGCUGUCUCCCUCCGGCCGCCGCGUGGAGUGCUCGGACCAGAAGGCGCCGCCGGCCGGAGAGGACCCGUGCCAGUUCGACAAGGCUGUGGCGGUGGUGGCGCACCAGCUUCUGUCCGACGGCGAGCAUUACUGGGAGGUGGAGGUGGGCGAUAAGCCGCGCUGGGCCCUCGGCGUGAUCGCCGCCCAGGCCAGCCGCCGCGGCCGCCUGCACGCGGUGCCCUCGCAAGGCCUCUGGCUGAUCGGGCUGCGAGACGGCAAGAUCCUGGAGGCGCACGUCGAAGCCAAGGAGCCGCGCGCACUGCGCACCCCGGAAAGGCGGCCGUGGCGCAUUGGGAUCUACCUAAGCUUCGGGGACGGAGUCCUCUCCUUUUAUGAUGCCAGCGACGCCGACGCCCUCGAGCUGCUCUUUGCCUUCCACGAGCGCCUGCCCGGGCCCGUGUACCCCUUCUUCGACGUGUGCUGGCACGACAAGGGCAAAAACGCUCAGCCGUUGCUGCUCGUGGGAGCUGAUGGCGAGGAGGCCUGAGCCGACCACUGGGUUGGGGAGGGGUGCAGGGUACUGCAGGCCUGGAAGGAGACGGGGCGCGCAGGGGUUGUCAGGACUGAAGGCAGGGCCA